AUGAUGUCAGGUUUUAGAAUGCUGCCAGUACUCACGAUACUUUUGAUAGCGGCUGACCUUUCAUCAGCACUGUUGGAUCAGUCGAUUGCGAUAAAAGGACAACUUGUGUGCGGCGAUAAGCCAAGCACAGGUGAUACUGUCAAGUUGAUCAAUCACAAUACCUUCACAUUUGAUAACGAACUCGCAUCGGGAACAACUGAUGAGCAAGGAUUCUACGAACUCUCAGGUGAUCUAAGUGAGAGCUGA